AUGAUUAUGAAGUAUGAACGGAUCAAUUUCACAGUCACCGCGCACCCUCCCCCCCCCCCGCCCCCCGCAGACCCCAGCGACCCCUACACCAGCCCUCCAUCCCCACACUCCCCACACGGCGCACACCGCCCCAGCGGGCCGCGCCACAGUCUAAACACUUCCCGUGUUGUACAUUCCGUACGGAGGCGCCUGUUACAAUCCUUAAUGAAGACAAAAACCCAACCGGCGCCGGGUCGUAGUGAUCGUAAGCCGUGUGUAUAUCGACCGCCGGUCACACCACCGCGGGACAUACUCGUCCUCUCAGUACAUUCUUCAAUGAAGCACAGUCCGAGUGACCCGGCUCUCAUCCCUUAA